AUGGUUAUGGCACCGACUGCUUGUGUACCUGCUGAAGUAUGCACUCCUAAAUACUACCAGGAGAAACAAGACCAUAAUCUCAAUUGGGAUCAUGGUCAAUUCAGCAAUCAUGGAGGGGACGACAUAUCGCAAUCCAGGUUGGCUGCCAAGGAACUAGUCUUGGACAUCCUGAAGAAGCGCGCAGCCGAGGUCAAUGUGGACAGCUGCGCGCCGGGAGAGGAGGACGCGUUUUACGUGGCAGAUAUGGGGGAGAUCUACCGCCAGCAUCUGCGCUGGAAAAUGAACUUGAGCCGUGUUCGGCCUUUCUACGCGGUCAAGUGCAACCCGGACCCGGAGAUCCUUCGCCUCAUGGCUAAACUCGGAAACGGUUUUGAUUGUGCGUCCAAGGCGGAGAUCGACAUGGCCCUUGACACCGGCAUCGACCCGAGCCGCAUCAUCUACGCGCAGCCCUGCAAGACCAAGUCCUAUCUGCGCUACGCGGCCCAGGUGGGCGUCAAGCAGAUGACUUUCGACAACGCCGAUGAGCUGUACAAGAUCAAGGCCAACUAUCCGGACGCUGAGCUUUAUCUGCGCAUCCUUACGGAUGACUCGAACAGUUUGUGCCAAUUCAGCAUGAAAUUCGGAGCUUCCCUGGACGUUGCUCGCCAGCUCCUUGAAUUGGCGCACCAGCUCGAGCUCAAGGUUGUUGGCGUGAGCUUUCACGUCGGAUCGGGCGCUGAGGAUCCUAAGGCUUUCUUGAAGGCCGUGCAGGACGCGCGCCUCGUGUUCGACCAAGCCGCAGAGAUUGGCCAUGAACUGCACACUUUGGAUGUCGGCGGAGGUUUCUCCCAGGACACGUUCGAGAAAUUCGCCGGCGUUCUGAGCGAGGCGUUGGACACCUACUUUCCGCCUAGCAUCCGGGUCAUUGCCGAACCGGGUCGCUACUAUGUUGCCAAUGCGUUCACUCUGGCAGCCAACAUCAUCGCUCGCCGUGAGGUGCGCGACCCGGAGGACCCGACCAAUGACGCCUAUAUGCUGUAUCUCAACGACGGGGUGUAUGGAAAUUUCUCCAACAUCAUUUUUGACCACCAGCACCCCGUGGCUCAGGUCCUGACCUGCGCAUCGGCCGCGAACUCCCCUUAUGCUGCGACUUCGGGGGGUGUCACGUACUCCAUCUGGGGGCCGACCUGUGACGGCAUUGACGUUAUCUCCAAGCGCAUUGAGCUGCCAGCUCUGCUGGAAGUUGGAGAUUGGCUUUACUUCGAGGAGAUGGGAGCCUACACCAAGUGUAGCGCGACCCGCUUCAACGGCUUUUCGGACAACCACGAGGUGAUUUACAUCUCCAGCGAAGCCGGGGCUUCUGCGCUCCUCGAGUACUAG